AUGGCACUCUUCACAACAGCAAAGAUGGCUUCCUUUAUAGAAAAAACAUCUCCUAAAUCUCUUCGCACCUUUCCAAUCGAGCUUCGCCAUAUGAUCUAUUGUCUCCUACUCCAAGGUACAUGGGAAGAAACCGAUAGUCGACGAACGGCUCGAACAUUCCUAGCCGCAUUACGCGCAGAUGUGGGACUUUAUAAAGAAGCGCUAAUUAUUUUUUACAAAACCAGUACAUUUUCCUUGAGUUAUAAAAAUUACUGGCUUGGGAAAUAUUUUGUUCAGAAUGAUGGAGUCAGAUUUAUGGAUAUAAGAGUUGUGUCGUUGGCGUCGACGUUCCGGAGGGUACAUGUUGAAGUUCCGCUCUCGACUUCGACUUCGGGUCCUAUUGAUGGUCUCCCCUCCACCUCCCCAACCUUCGACCGCACAGCCCGAAUCAUCCGCAUGGCCCAAAACCUUACAUAUCUCCACGUCGAACCAACAAUCAACAGCGGCUGUCGCACCCAAUGGCUUGCACUAAUCUGCGAUCUCAUCGGUCCCUCCGAUUCUUGUCCUUCUCUCCUAACCCUAAAAUUCACAUGGGCAGCUUACAUGAUUGAAAAAUAUAGUCAUACUGUCGAAUGGACAAUCCAUCAAUUCGAUUCCGUCUUCGGCACCCCUGGAUAUCUGGAAUCCCCCUCAACCGGCCACAAGUCAUCUUGGAUCUGGCAGCACCUUGGCAAAGACGCAGGCCGCGUUCUCAAAUGGGGCAACCACGGAAAAAGCCCCGCGAGAAUCGAAAUCAGUCUCGCCGAAGCCGCAGCCAUGCGCCAGCGCGAUCUCAUGUCCCACGACGCGAGAAGAAUCUGGCAAUUUCGACACCUUCGCUCGUGUAUGUAUGGUGUGCGUCCGAAAUGCUGUACUUCUAUUUUCGCAAUGCCGCAUCCGGGAACAGGGGCGAAUCAUCCGCCGAUGGAGAUUUUCCAACAUAACAAUGGAGAGGUUUUUCGACAGGGGAUUGGAGAUGAGUUACCUAACUUGUUGGAUGAGACAGAUAUCGAUGAGGAUGCGGGGAUGUGGAGACCGGUUCCAAUGGAAACUCUGUUGGGCAUGAAGAAACGCUGUGAGGAGGAGCAGGAAAGAGGUUCAUUAAUCCAUCAUGAACCAAGAGAAGAAAAUCAUCUCACGAAAUGGCUUUCCGAUCAAGGUUUCGAAUGUCCCAUCGAUACCGUAGCGAAGUUAAGAACAACACUCAAAUGGGCCUUGAAGCAAGAAAUGUAUGGAAUCCCUCUCAGCGAGGUUCAGAGGGCGAUUUGCAACGUAGACAUCGAUACCAACUUCCAAGUCACCUUCGCGGAUGGACUUGCAGUUUCGCUUUCGGAAAGAGAAGAAACACAUCCUACGACUGAGAGACGCAUACCAGGUGUCAAAUACGAUAGACGGAAUGGGAAUAAGUAUCAUUCUGCACUUCCGAGUAAUUGGGACUGUGCAGAUAGUGAUGAGGGGAUGGAGAAAGGAGAAGAGGUUUUUCUCGAGGAGAGUGAGAGGAAUGAUCGUUUGGCGAGGGAUAGGGUGUAUGCGGAGAGUGUGGGGAGUGGGGACACGGUUUUGCUAGAGGACUUGGUGUUUGAGCCUGGAAAGAGGAGAGGGGAAAUUAUUCGUUGA